AAAACCUUAAAGCUCUUCUGAAGUUUUGUAGUGACGAGUAUGGGACCUUCACUUCACUCCUAAUACUUUCUGUUGGCACAAAAUAUACAUAAAUUAUUCUGACAUAAUGUUUGAAAUGUAGUAUGUAGGUUUAUGGUGAAGUCCGGUUCUCAUCUUACAGCCGGACAAAGACAUUCGCUUAUAGAGCUGGAGAAAAAAAUUGUGUUAAAAAAAUCAAUGCUCACACAUACAACUACAAGCACGCAGAAUACAAAAUAGUACCUACUUCUGAUGAGUGUCAUAAUUAGUUUAGUAACUUAAUAUUUAAGAAUAUCCCAUUCAUGGAAGUACUAACUGAAAAUUAAAUACUGUUAUUCCAUAUUUACAUUUAAAUUUAUGUGUAAUGUUUGUGCACACACUACCCAAAUACUGCUAUAUAGGGUCUGCUUAGACCUUGACAAUAUUUAAAUUUUAUUAUUAUGUUAUGUAAAUCAAAUAGUGGUGUAAAUAAGCAAUUUUUCAGUGUUUUAAAAUUUUAAUGAUGCGCCGAACAUAGUUUUACUGAAAGGUUGAGCCAAGGUUUUUGAGGCAUUGUAACUAUGGUACUGAGAAAGAUAUCUUCAUUUUUAACAAGUAGAGUUUCUUGUAAGAAGUCAUGUUUACAGUUGUUCUUAAAGCGCGACGGGGGCACGCGCGUCCCGGCGAGGGACUCGGCCGCUGACCGGCCCAUGUUCCCGGGCGCCUCGGCCCGGUGGACGGACCAGCUGCAGCUGAUAGAGCCGGGCUCCUACGGCAGAAUCCCGGUGUACCGGGUGCUGGACUACGACGGGAAUGUCGUUAACAGCUCCCAAGACCCGGAGCUGGGGCAGGAGCGGGUGGAGAAGAUGUACCGCUGCAUGACGCUGGUCGGCACCAUGGACCAGAUCCUGUACGAGAGCCAGCGCCAGGGUCGCAUCUCCUUCUACAUGACGCACUACGGGGAGGAGGCGACUGCCGUGGGCAGCGCGGCUGCGAUGCGACACGACGACCCCGUGUUCGCCCAGUACCGCGAGUCUGGCGUGCUGAUGUGGCGGGGCUACGCCCUGGACCAGUUCCUGGACCAGUGCUUCGGCAACUGCGAUGACGAGGGGCGGGGGCGCAUGAUGCCCAUCCACUACGGCUCCAAGGCCCACCACUUCGUCACCAUCUCCUCCCCGCUGACGGUGCAGCUGCCCCAAGCGGUCGGCGCGGCGUACUCCCUGAAGCUGGCGGGGAGCGGCCGCUGCGUCAUCACGUACUUCGGGGAGGGGGCGGCCAGCGAGGGCGACGCGCACGCCGCCUACAACUUCGCGGCCACGCUCGACUGCCCCGUCGUGUUCUUCUGCCGCAACAACGGGUACGCCAUCUCGACGCCAGCCAGCGAGCAGUACCGCGGCGACGGGAUCGCGGCGCACGGCCCGGCGUACGGCAUCGCCACGGUCCGUGUGGACGGCAACGACCUGUUUGCCGUGCACAACGCCACCCGCACGGCCCGGCGCUACGCCGUCGAGAACAACCGGCCGGUGCUCGUGGAGGCGCUGACGUACAGGAUCGGGCACCACUCGACGUCGGACGACAGCAGCGUGUACCGGCCGGCGGAGGAGGUGGCCCGCUGGACGGGGGCGGUGCACCCGGUGCAGCGGCUGCGGCGGUACAUGGAGGCGAGGGGCUGGUGGGACGACGACCGCGAGAAGGAGUGGCUCCGGGACGCCAGGGGCCAGGUGCGCAAGAGCCUGGAGCGAUGCGAGAAGAAGAUGAAGCCCGACUGGCGGGAAAUGUUCCACGACGUGUACGAGACGAUGCCCGAUCACAUACUGGCGCAGAUGAACGGCUUGGAGCAGCACUUGCGGGAGCACGGCGACCACUACCCGCGCAACUUCCUGGGCCUGGAGCGGGACUAGCCCCCGGCCGCCCUCAACGCCUGCUCUCGAACGUCUCCGUGGAGUCUCCGCCACGAUGCACUUCUACAAUAGCGUGAUUCCAAAUGAUAAUGUCAGGGACCAAACUAAUCUGAAAAAUUUUAAUUUUUUUUUUAUUGAUUGAUCGAUUGACACGUUUGUGAGUGGGCUACCUCCCGGGGCCACGGAGUUACCCCAAUCCCCCCCCCCCCCCCCCUCCUACUCGUCCAGUUUCUGAAGCCUAUUCCUCAAUUCCUCCUUCUCACAUCCAGUAUCUUUUCUUUCCCUCAAUCCCGUUCCACUCCCUCCCUGUCCUUGCUUUCCUCUGUCCGUUCUCCUCCUCUCUCUCUCUCUCUCUCUCUCUCUCUCUCUCUCUCUCUCUCUCUCUCUCUCUCUCUCUCUCUCUCUCUCUCUCUCUCUCUCUCU